AUCUCCCCUUUAUUCUUUCCCCCAUCUUCCUUCCCCAAAUCCAAAUCUCUUCUUUCCCAUCUAUCAUCCAUAAAUUUAAAUCUGAGACCUCUAUUUUAUUCUAUUCUCUUGUAUAACAGUUUCAAUUUUAUUUAACUAUCUCGAUUCCUUUCAUCUCUGGGAUUUUUAGAGAUAUGGAUGAUGAAGUUUCUCUCCGUUUCUAGCCACCGAUGAGCGGCGAACGGCGGUGAGCGGCGAACGGCCACAAGUGAACAACAUCCAGGAUGGCAAUAAUGUCAUUAAGAUGACAGUCCAACUGCAAGAUGGCACUUGAGUGAGAGUCAUAUCAUAUUUGAAAUAAGAUAUGAGAUAUACAGUGGAGGCAGCGGCGACGCUAGAGGUCACCUUGUUCACGCAGAUGAGCCAUGGUGUGGUGGUGGCGACGCCGGAUAUGGCGGGGCUGGCGGAAAAGCUAGAUAAGGUCAAAGAUGGAGCAGCUGGUGGCACCUAUGGUGGGGACAACGAUGAUGACGAUGCAGGCGGCGGCAAAGCCAACGCUGACGGUGGUGGCGCCGACAUCAAUGCUGGUGGUGGCGGUGAUAGUCGUGGCUCACCAGAUCUGGUGCAGCUUGAAUGCUUGAUGUCAUCUACGCGCUGCACCUUUGUUGAAAUCCGUUUUAUUAUUACUCUGUAUGUUUUAUAAUAAUAUUGACUAAUAAUAAAGAAAUUGACUUUUCUCAUUAAGGGUAGUGAUGUCAACUCCAUUCUUUUAUGUCCUACGGAACAUUACUGAUGGAGUAAUAGGACUAGGCCCAGAGCCUAAUCAGUCCAAGCCCCGAACUUGGACCCGUGGAUCCAAGUCCACAACCUGGAGCCUGCCUGCCAGCCCAGCAGGGAGCCUACCAGUCCGGCCGACCUCCCAGCCCGGAAGAGUAACGGUCAAGCAAUUAAUGCGCUAUUAAUUAUGUAUUUAAUUCCGUAUUAAUGUUGUAAUUAAUUAGUCAUUAUUAUCGGUAACAAUUACGAUUUGUAUACGCCUACAAAAGGCGAGUUGUAAUUCAGAUUAGGGGAGACAAAUUCUAUAUGCUAUUUCUGGUUACCAAA